AUGUCAGAUUUCUUCUAUAAAAAGCUGUCUAAUCAGCUGCUGGUUGCACCUGUGGAAUUGCUUACUACAGCAAACUGCGAAGACUCCUCUAGGAUAAGGGCUUUUCUUAGACUCUCUAGGAUCGCCACAGACGAUACGAUAAGCCAACAUUUGAACGAAACGAGGCCUUCUGAUUGUGACUCGUAUUUCAAUAAGAAAAUUGUUCCCCAGUGGCAAGCUCGAGCGCAUGCCAUUCAAUUCUGUUCGGAUUAUGCUAAGAAACUAGAGCAAGAAGUGGCUGCUUCGAGGCCCAAUCCAGCAGACUACGACUUAAGGACCAACCCGUAUGCAAUGAAGGACGAUCUUGACAAGAUUGAACAGCAAAAUGCUCGAAGAGCUACGAUAGAGAAUUGGGUUCGCAAUGAAGAGAAUGUGGAGAAGAUCAUAAGAGAAGAGACAACAAAAAUCUUCAACGACAAGUGCUAUUACAAGGACUGGCUCCAACAAUUUGCAGACAUGGUUAGUAAAUAG